AUGGCUUUUCCGCCUGAAUCAAACAUCCCAACAUCACCGCCGCUACUGCCGGAGAAUCAUACCAAACUAUCCGUUUUCACACCGCCAGACAAAAAUACACGGAGCGGAGUAUUUAUGGACGUAGAAUCGACUUUAGCUGGCGAUUCUCAACUGAUAAUCCGUGACUCGUUUAAGACUAAUCUAAACACGGAACAGGAAUUUGAUAUCAUCGUCACCAAAGUAAAUGGCACCAUCAAGGAACUUGAUAGAAUAUACCGGUCCAUUGGUUAUUCAGAAAAGGAAAUGGAUCAUAAAAAGGCGGAAAUUUUUCGAGUUAUCCAGGAUACAAUUAGUUCCUUCACCCUAAAUCUUCAAAGGGAGAAGAAUAAUAUUCAAAACGAAUGUGAGUGGCUACGACAACAGAUCCGAAUCAUCUUGGCAAUGUUGAAUGAUAACACAGGCGAAAAGACACUUAAACUCUCAAGCAGAGGCAUUCUUUUUGGUGACGAAACCAUGUAUCAAAAUGGCCAUAAAGAUGACGUAUUCGAGCAAAUGAAGAAGUAUAACUCUAACAACGAACGGUUCUUUUCUGACUCCCCUUUUAAUAUGGCGAAUGAAUUUUCCAGUGAUGACUUUUCCAUGCAGCAACAGUGUGAAUACAUGGUCAAACAAACACCGAACUUGUCAUUGCUUCAAGUUAAAAGUGCACUAAAUUCGACUUUUCUAGAAGUCUUAAUGGCAUUUGUCAAGCUGUUUCUGAAAUUCAACCACCUCAACUUGAUUUUCUGGGAAAAUAUAGAGACUAUCGGUGAAUGCUGGCCAUCCACUGCGGACAUUUCUUUAAUAAGUUCUUUACCAACUAAAUCGGAGGCUGAAGAACAAGCACAUCUCCUAGCAACAUUUGAGCAAGCAAUCCAACAACUACCCCAAUCAGGCAAGCGACUUAGUAUGGGACUCUCAGACGUCACUCAGAUGAAAUCAAGUGACUGUCUUACAUUCAUUGUCUCGAGUCCGAAGAAGCCUAAUGGUAAAGAAGAUAAUUCUGAUAUUCCAGAUUCGAGUGCGCUGGGUGCUACUGGAUCUAUUAUGGAUAAUUUACGAGACGUCAAUUACAAAUUGGUCAGAUCCAUAAGGAGUCUUAAGCUCACGAAAAUAACUGAUGCCGUUAUUCACAUCUCGAGAAACAAAUAG